GGCCACACACAGGACAGGACAUCUCACACAUUUGCUCCACCCAAAGAGGAUAUGCAUGUGGAGCCUGUAGAGGGGCUGAAACUAUCCAACCUGAAUCACAACUUUUUCCCUGUCCGGGGGUAAAGUCCUGUGCGUGUGUAUGAAAUCCCAUGGCAUUUUAAGAAUGCUUCAAAGAUGGCGGUUUGUGGUAACAGAGUGCAGAAAAGUACAUGUUUGGAGGUGCUAGUACGAGAGCGAUGGCACGCGGUCCUGGCGAGUUUAAGCGACGCGUCGCUGACGCUCAGCUGCGAGGAGCCCGCGACCGACGCCAGCGUAAACCUGAACGGCAUCACCACCAACGGCUCCUACAGUGACCAGCCGGACCCCACCAACAGUCCCAAAACUGUCGGGACUCCAUACACGGAUUCACAAGUUCCCGAAGCGAUUGCGAACCGCAAGAGAUGUGUCAAAGUGAUCAAGCAGGAGCUCGGUGGAUUAGGGAUAAGCAUCAAAGGCGGGAAGGAGAACAAGAUGCCUAUUCUGAUUAGUAAAAUCUUCAAAGGUCUGGCUGCGGACCAGACUCAAGCGCUCUACGUGGGGGACGCGAUACUGUCCGUGAACGCGAUCGAUCUGCGGGACGCCACGCACGACGAGGCGGUGCAGGUGCUGAAGAAAGCGGGCAGAGAGGUUAUGCUGGAAGUGAAGUACAUGCGUGAAGCGACACCAUAUGUGAAAAAAGGGUCACCGGUGUCUGAGAUCGGCUGGGAGACACCGCCUCCUGAGUCCCCUCGUCUCGGCAGUCCUCACUUCGAUAUCCCCAGCCCCCCCUCACUGUCCUUACAGGGCGACCGCAGAUACAUCCCCCUCAAAAUGUGCUACAUCACCCGCAGUAUGACCGUCCCUGACCCAGAAAACAGGCAGAUUGAGCUGCACUCCUCUGAUGCCAAGCACACAAUAGUCAUGAGACAUAAAGACACAUCUUCUGCCCAGACCUGGUUCACUUUAAUGCAAACUGCCAUCACAAACCUCACCAGUAAAGUCAUCUGUGAACUCCGGGAACACGCGGGCCGCCACGGCAUCGCCGGGAGCCGAGAGAUCCGACACCUCGGAUGGCUAGCGGAAAAGACGGAAAGCGAGAGACAGUGCUGGAAGCCGGUGCUGGUGAUGUUGACGGAGAAGGACCUGCUGCUGUUUGACAGUAUGCCACGCAUGAGAGAACACUGGCUCAGCCCGACACACACCUACCCUCUGCUCGCCACACGGCUGGUGCAUUCUGGUCCAGAUAAGGGUUCACCACAGCUUGGUGGCGAGCUGUGCUUUGCUACACGGACGGGAACCAGAUUGGGUAUCGAAGCUCAUCUUUUCAGAGCAGAGACCUGCAAGGACUUGUCCCUCUGGACCAGACAGAUAGUCACUGGCUGCCACGCAGCUGCUGAGAUGAUCAAAGAAGUCACUACCAGUUGUAUGUAUCAGGGUCAGGACUGCCGCUUGGUCAUUCACUAUGAGCGAGGUUUCUCUGUCAUAGCAGAUGGACAGGACAGCUCUGUGGCACAGCCUCUCUUCAGUUACCCAUUUGAAAAGCUGAAGAUGUCUGCUGAUGAUGGAGUACGGAUCCUCUAUUUGGAUUUUGGCGGGAACGAGGGUGAAAUUCAACUGGACUUGCACUCCUGUCCCAAGCCCAUUGUUUUUAUCCUCCACUCCUUCCUGUCUGCUAAGAUUGCAAGAUUAGGAUUGGUAGCCUGAGAUUGAACUGUUAUAGACUGAAACAGUGACGUGAUUUAUUCCAACACGGAGAAGGGAAAACCGGCACGCAGUGGAGCUCACAAGACUGAACGAGAGUGAUGACGCAGUGAUGAACUGGCACUGGAACAAACCGGACCUCUGAAUGAUUUUAAUCACAUUUCAUUAAUGAUAAACAAUGUAUUUUUCAGAGAGAUAUUAAUUAUAGUGAAACACAAUUUCACAUUGAUUUUCUACAACAACAAAAAAAAUAUCCAACUAUAUAAUGAACACUAACUUGUGAUUGGAACUAAAAAAAAUACUCAAAGUAUUAAUUUAGAAUCCAAUACAGCAGAGUAUUCAGCACUUACAAUGCCAUUAACUUCUAUAUAACAGGAGGGAAGGCGGCCAUCUGUAUGACAGCUGUCGGAGUAAUUACAUCUGUCUGGCAGCUAAUGUGGAUUAAAGAAAGGCUAGUUUAAACCUUGUUAAUGCACAUAAAAGUUAAACGGCCUGAAAACAGUCA